AUGAGAGAGACGAAACUUCACAUCCCAAUGACGAUCGCCACAGGCGAGACCAUUGGCAUCGUCGGCAUCCUCGCACAAACCGCCUUCCCACCUCACAAUCCACAAGAACACGAACCGCAACCCAUGUACACCUCCCGUUCCACAACAGCAUCUAUCGAACCACUCCGACACUCUCAACACCCCUCUUCCUCACGACACGGCAUCUCCAACGAUCCCUCAUCCUCUCGAUCCGACAACCGCAGUCUCAGUGUCGAAGAUGACCCAGCUACAAUGCAACGCUUGCGUCAAAAAGAUCAAACGUUCAAACGUCGAGGUUACCCCAUCUACCCUAUCGACAAACGCGAUACACGUGGACUCAAAAUCGCCAUCAUCCUUCAUGGUGUCCUUGCACACAAAGAUCAGAUCUAUCACAAACAACUCGUGCGUGCACUACCGGUUGAUUCGUUCCGAUUCGAUUUCCGCGCUAACGGCGAAACUCCAGGUACUUGGUCUAUGGGGAACUUAGCUGAUGAUGUCGAGGAUCUCGUUGCUGUUGUUGACUACCUUCGAACCAAUUUGGAGUAUACGGUGGAGAUCAUCGUGGGACAUAGUCGUGGUUGUUUGGACGCUUUUGCUUGGUUUGCAAAACAUUGUCCUGAUGCUCUACCGCCGUCGUUGAGGGUUCCCUUUUUCGUGGGAUUAAGUGCAAGGUUCAAUAUGUCCAACAUCCACGAACGGGAUCCGAUGUAUCUUUCCGCUUUUGCACGAGAAGGAUUCUUUCGAUGGCAAGCACGCGUUGCAGGUCAGGAUAAGGAACUUCGAGUAUACCCUGAACAGGUGGAACAAUUCGCUGCUUGGCCCACACGAGAGAUCGCUCUUGCUUUCCCUUACAAUACCGACGUACUGCUCAUCCACGGAACAGCAGACAAAUCUGUGCCUGCAUCGGAUGUCACUUCGUAUGCCAACAUACUUUCCGGUGUGCACCGCAGGCCGGGUAGUUGUUCGAUCAAACUCAUCGACCAUGCGGAUCAUCUUUUCCGUGGAUUCUACCCACAGGUAGUUGAGGCGAUCGUAGAGUGGCUACAGGAGAGAUCAGAGUUAACAAAGAUGGGUCUGAGUGCAGCGGCGAUUCGAGAUAGAGAUAUGUUGGGGGUUGCGAGGUUCGAUCCUUCCCAUUUUGGUCAGGGGAGGAUGGCGCCUCAAAUGUGGGAUAAUAAUUUGGCGUCGGCGGCGGGUAGUGCGGGUGGAAUUCAGCAAGUACAGAGUUCGCCGUGGAUGGAUAGUGGGGCGAGAAGUACGACUGUGUCUUCUUCGACAAUGCAACCACAACCACCAGCAGGAGGAGGAGGUGGUGGUGGUAGUGGUGGUAAUGGUGGUGUUGGAGAACAACAGCAGCAACAACCGCAACCAUCACCAUUAGCGCGAUACUUGGCCUCAGCGGCACCAAAACCUGUCGUUCAUCAUCAACAUUUUGGUCCUGCAACACCAGCACCAGCAGACCAACCACCAGCUACUCAGUUGACACGAUCAAAUCCGAGCUCAAGUCUAUCAGCUUCUAGUCCACCUUCUCGAAGCAACACGCCUUCGCCUUCGUCGACAGAGCAAACCUCGCCAACCUCUCCGCUUAAAAUUCAGCCUCCAACACAACCAAAACCUUCCUCGUCACCCGUAGCAACAUCGAAAGACCGCUCCCAAACCCAACUCUUAGUCUCAGCAAACACAACCACCCCCUCACCUGCACUUAUACUUGUCUCUUCUCACCAGACAAAGUCUCGGCUCUAA